AGGAAUAUUCCAUCCUUCCAAGAGUCCCUCCACCUUCUUUUGGUUCAUAUCAGCACACACACACAAUCGAUCUGAACACCCCCUUGUCCACACACACCUUACUCACCUUUGAUUCGUCUACUCGCCUACUCGCAUCCACCAUCCACCAGAUCUUUGGUGUCCCGUCGUUGGAAUUCCGCCUUGCCGCUGGAAAUUUUUGAGCCAUUUUUAUCAUUAUCCCCCUCAAACCUUACUUGGUAGAUACUCUCACUCUCUCCCCAUCGGCCGUUCAACUAGUACUAUAUAGCUCAGGUCGGAGAGAGAGACACAGGUCAGCUGGACUGGAAACCCAUUACCAAAAAGAUCGGCCACACAACCCCUGCCAUGCAUAUCUUCCUCGCUCUGGCGGCGGUGAUAGGCAGUCUAGGAGCGCAGGCGCAGUCGGUGGAUAGCAAUGGGUGCUUGAGGCUGCUUGGAAGUUCGGCCUGUCCAGGUUUCUCCUACGCCUACCUCAACCCAUCUAACCUCUCCAACGCAUUCCCAUUCUUCUCUCAAGUCACCGAUGUCGCUACGUUUGACACUUAUGCGUUUGGCUACUUUUCGAACCCCGCUCAAUUCCAGCAGACCAAGUUUGUGGAGGAAUUAGGGUGCUCCAAUGCGUCGAACGCUGUGAUCCGAUGGGAGAGAACAGUGUUGUGCAGUCAAUGGGUGAACGAGAAGUGGAGUGCUCAGUGUUUGAGCCUCUACAAUGGGACGAGCGCAGCAACAUCUCAGAAGAUGGUCUGUCAGGACACGUGCUUGCAAUACUCUGCAAGCGAGGCGCAGAUUGUCAAUUCGUCAUUCUGUCCUGGAACACCCACCAUUACCGAUGGGACGAAUGGUAAUCAAACGUAUUGGCUACACAAGGACUUUGUCGACUGCACCAACUGGACCACUCUGGCGACAAACGAUUCCCAGACCUGUGUCUCUGGAGAGGACAAUGGGGAGAACAACUGUGGAUAUGGCUCCAGCACGAGUCAGCUGUGUGAUUUCUGUUCGGGAUCUAAUCCGAGUGAUUGUUGCUAUAAUGGCAACACGGAUAUAUCGGUCUGUGGAUUUGUACUGCCGUCGAGGACAUCGAGUGUGGCGUCGUCAACGAUGUCGUCAACGUCAUCAUCGACAUCUACCUCAUCAUCGACGUCCACCUCGUCCUCUGUCUCUGGCGGUGACAAUACCGAUUUCGCCCAUCAUGGUCUGUCGGGAGGUCAGAUCGCUGGUGUGGUGGUGGGUUCCGUUGUAGGGGGUCUUUUGCUUCUCGCCCUGCUCGCAUUCUUGUGUCUUCGCAAGCGACGUCAGAAUCACCGCGACUCGGCGUCGUCCUUCGACAACGGCCGACUCGGACUCUUCCACAAUGGACGAUCUCAUCCGCCCAAUUCCUCAGAGAAGGGUCUGUUGGGAACCUCUCAAUCGAUGGCCGCUGCGAGCUCACCGACAAUGGGCGGGAGUACAUCUGCCAUGGGGAAGCCUGGUGAAAGUAUGAUGUCGAGCUUGGCAGGCGGUGGUCCAGGCUUCGCAUCAGCUGCUGCGCUCGGGGUCGGUGCUGGAGCAGGGGCCGCGACAGCUUCUGCAGCUCAUUCAUCAUCAGGUAUGCCUGGACCAGGGGAGAGGACCAGUGGGGUUGUGCUCCCGAGAGUCAAGGACGAGAAUCAGAAUGGAGACAAGUGGAUAGAAACGGGUGCAGAGGUCAAUGUGCUAUGGCCGUACGCCGCUUCAUUGCCUGAUGAGCUGGAUCUGAGACCGGGCAUGAAACUUCGGGUGCUGAGGCUGUACGACGAUGCAUGGGGGACAGCACAGGUCAUUUCGACGACAGGGGAUGGAGAAGGAUCAGAAGUGGGCAAACAGGGUGCCUUCCCGAUUGUGUGCGUCUCGGAGGGGACUUCAAUCGGUUCAUCGUUCUCGCAUGGGGGUACGAGUAGUUUGGG